AUGGCUAAAUCAUUCCAGUCAGUUCUUUAUAGUUACUUUUUGGGACCUCGUCUUCCAUUUCCAAUUGUCCUGCGUGCGGUUCAAAAUGCUUGGGCCAAGUUUGGGCUUAAGGAUGCAAUGGUAAAUGACCUUGGAUACUUCUUCUUUCGAUUUAAUGAUAAUGGUGGUUGCAAUCAAGUAGCUGAGUCGUCUCCCCUUAUGAUUCGUGGGAGGCCUCUUUUUGUCUCCACAUGGGAUCCUUCAAAGGGGCUUACUAAACCUGAGCAUACCUCCUUUCCGUUAUGGAUUAAAUUCUAUAAUAUUCCUCUUGUUGCUUUUAAUAGAGAGGGAAUUAGCCGAAUCGCUAGUGCUGUUGGAGUCCCUUUGCGUUUGGAUGCUUGUACUGCUAGUACUUGUGAUAAAGCAUGGGGUCGUACUAAUUUUGCAAAAGUUCUGGUGGAUGUUUGGGCCGUGGGUGAAAUUCAGAAGCAGAUUGAAGUUGUCAUUCCGAGGCUUUCUGGUGAUGGUGAAGAUGUGAUAAAGAUAGUUAUGGAAUAUGAUUGGGUGCCUUCUCAAUGCUCGAAAUGUAAAGUUUUCGGCCAUAAUCUAAAUUCUUGUCUAAAAGUGGGUAUUCAAAAACAAAAGGAGAUUGUCAAGCCGUUGCAUACUGAUGGGUUUAUAGAGAAAAAGCGCAAACAAUGGAAGCCGAAACAGAGUUCAGGGUCUAGUAAUGGUGUUCAGCCAACUUCUUCAGGUGAGCCCUCUAAUUUUCACGAGGCGAUAGUUGGAGUUGGUACUAUAAAGCCGGUUUCUGAUGAACCGUCGAUAUUGGGAGAGAAUAGAAAGGAUGAAGAGGUAGUUCAGUCGGUCGAUCCUGAUUUCUCAGAUGGGCAACGUAAGGAAACUGAUGAAAGUCAAUAUUGUAUGGUGGAUGCGGGGAGAAUGCCAAGAGGAAGGGAGGAUGUAUCGAAUGUGACUUUUCGCUCAAAGGCGGGUCCAGAACUUGUAAAAGCGGUGAUUCAAGCGAUGAAACCACGACGUGGUGCAGUGUCCUCUACGUCUACUAGUAAUAGAUUUUCCCCACUACCUUCUGAUGAUUCUAGUGAUGAUGAUGAUAUGGAGAUUAUUGACACUGAGGGUCAUUCUUUGGUCUUAAUGCCCUAA